UAUUUCAUUUUUGCUGAACCUGUUUCUGUUGAGAAAUACUUCUCUUGCUUGGCAAGUUUUUGUGCUUUCACCCCUUUGUACAGGCUAUGAUGGCCAUGGUGGGAGGAUCCUGUGACUAUAGGAUGGAGGCGGGGCUAGCUGGGAGGCAUUUGGGGGGGGAGUGGAUGGGCUGAAGUCCUAAAGUUAUAGGCCACUGUUCACUUUUUACCCUGCUUGCAAACAUAAUCCUCAUUUUGAAAAUCUUUGCCUUGAUCGAGGGAAAUAGCUAAAAUUCUCCUCGAGGGAAAAGAAAACGAAAACUGAGGUGCAGACGAUAAAAAACUUUUUGUAGAAAAAUUAAGGGGGGCGCUUGAUUUGUACCCAAACGUCGAUACAAUGAAUAUUAUUCACUUAUUUUCAAAGGUUAGGGCCGGCACCCGACUAACUCUUUGUGAAUUCGAAUGCGCGUACAAAGUGUAAGUAAUACUUAGAAAAUGGUGGUCGCGCAGAUGUUCUAUUCGUCUUUAAAUUCCCAACUACAAAACAUCAUAUUUUCAACUGCAGACGUUCUUAACAGUCAAUUUUGCAAGCAUUAAAUUCUCACUAUACACUGGACGAGAAUUGUGAUAAACUCUCAGAAGAAACGAUGGAGCAGGUUUCUCUAUCAUUGAACGCUAAGGAGUGUCAGCAAUGGGUGAAAAUCACAGGCCUGAAGACAAAAUAUGAGAAUCACAUAAAGACAAUGAGGAUACGUGUGAUGGGACCACACCUUUUCGGGGAAGAAUUCCUCCCCGUCGAAGUGCAGCGAUGGGCGGAGGAAGCCUCACUAUCAACUUACAUAGACAAAUGGAUAGAGGUGGAACCAGUUGAUGUUGACGAAUACUACAAAAUGGACUACUUGACUGAUGCUAUUCAGUUGGUUGCAAAUCAAGUUUCAAUUAAUUCACAGUCUAAUGGAGGGGAUUUUCCACGUUUAAUGGAUUUAGUAGUAAAAUUGAACAAGGUAUCAAAUUUAUCCGAUGCGAAAGAAUUAGCAGAAGAGGAAGUUGUUUUUGAAAGACUUUGGAAACGUCUCCCCCCUGCUGAUGAAGAUGCAAAAGUAGCUCUAAUGAUAGCUGUUUAUACUUAUAUACAAUUUGCUGGCGACACUGUUAGAAAAAAAGAUUUAUUUGGUGAAAUGACGUUCAUAGAUCCAAGGGAGAGAAAGAUCGUUGAAGAGUAUAAGAAUAAAGGGAACGACGAGCAUAAAAACGAUCAUUAUUCAAAAGCGGUGUCGCAGUACAACAAAGCGAUACGCAUAAGCCGUUAUGACCACAAUCUUUACAAUAAUCGUAGCUUGGCGUUCCUCAAUAUGAAGAGAUUCAACCACGCCCUGAUGGACGCCAAGAGGGCGCUGAUAAUAAAUCCCAACUCUUCAAAGGCGCAUUAUCGCUACUCCCAGGCUUUAUUUGAGCUUGGUUACAUCAAGCUGGCCCUCAAAUCCAACUCCUUAGCGAUAGAACUCUUCAAGAAAAGCUCUCACAACGACAGUAGCGUCAAGGAUCUAGAAACACAACGGAUGAAGUUUGAUGAGAGGAUUAAAGCAACACCUUGUCUGGAUGAUGUACCGGACCUCGUUGACCCAUCCAGUUCAGAUUCUGAGUUUAGUGACACGGAGCAAGGGGAGGUUGAAUAUCAAAGAGGUGCUAUAAAGGAAAAUCAAAAUGUUGGUCGUCACAAAGUUUUUUUGCCGGAGGACACAAAGGCUGCGUUGAAGUAUCCCAAGAAGCAGCGUUCAGACGGCAACAAGAAAGAGGAGAAGAAGGCUAAGAAAAGGAAACAAAAGGAGAUGUCAAAUGAAGAGAAAAAGAGAGCAGAGUCUGAUGCAGCUAAGAGGGAACAGGAGGCAAAGGAAGAGACAAGACGACAGGUUGAAGACGAGGAAAGGAAGACAGCAAAGAAGAGGGAAGAUGUGAGAGCCCGUGUGGAGGCAGCACUGAAGGAGAAGGCCAAGAUGCAAGAAAAAGAGCAGAAAGAACAAGAGGAAGCCCGCAAGAUACUUGAGGAAAUCGCGUUUGAGAAGGCUAAGAUGGAACUAGUGAGAAUCCGAGAGGAGAAUGCGAGAAAACUGGAAGAGGAAGCGAAGAGGAGAGAAGCUGCCAUGAAGAAUCAACAGGAGAAGGCGAUGAAUGAUGAACAACAGAAAGAGAUGGAAGCGAAGAAUGAGUUGGAGAGUCAGCUGAAACACGGCUCAGAGGCCAUGAUAGAGCAACGAGGCCGACAAGCUUUCAUGUAUUACAAGGCUGCUAUGGACUUGAUUACGAAGUCAUCCAAAAAGUAUGGAGGUAUGUGUGAGGAAGACUACGUCACAUUUCUUUACGCUUACGGCAUGGCAUGCCUGGAGUCCGGCAUUGAUGAGGAAAUCGUUGACGCUUCCAGUAAAUUCAUGAAUAUCAUUGAGAAUCAUAAUCGGAUUCGGAUACCUCUACCCUACUACGGACUUUGCCAGUCAUUCCUUAAGCAAAACAAGUUUUCUGAUUUAGAUGAUCCAUUAGGCAAGGCUAAGUACAUGGCAGAGAAGUUCACCAGUGUGGUCGAGACUUGGCCGGGUACGAAGCGCAAGAUUGAGGUGACAGAAGAGGGGAAGAUGGAGCUUGCACUUGCCGAUCUGGAGUCGAUUUUCAAGCAUCCCCCUUCGCCAGACGCCAUCUGCCGCUAUAAAGCCUGCCCUCACAAGCCCGAGAUCUACCUGACCGAUGUCGGGUUCAAAGGUUUUGUCAAGGUGAUAUGCAGCGAACGAUGUCACAUGGACUAUCAUGUGACAUGCUGGAAGAAGGUCAAAGGGGAGGAGUUCUUUGACGCUAGUACGGAAAAGGAGAUUUUGGGUAAAGAUUGUGGCACUCCGGAUUGUGACGGAUAUUUCUUUAGCGUGGAAAUAUUAGGACCAGACGGGUUGUGCAUCACUAAGCAUGGUCUUUUAGACAGUGACAAAACCAAGGCGAGAAAGAACAAGGGAGCCAGUAAGCAACAGUCUAAGAAGAAUCGGAAGCUGCAGAAACAGGAGGAGCCCAAGAAGCAGGGGAAUGAGAAGGCCCAAGGAGGCGUGGAGAUCGAGAAGUCUGGUCUUGACGAGCGGAAAGAACAACAGGAGAUUGAGAAGAAGCCAAAUCAGGAGAAGAACGAAAUAGUAAUGUCAGAUAAGAUGAAGGCAGAGUGUGAGCCCAACGGUUUGGGUCCAGGGUUGAACAGAGUGCCUGUUGCCUACUUUACAGUCGGCGAGUCGAGGACUAGCUCCAAGGCGGUGGCAGAUGGAAGGGAUGGGGAUGAUGACAUGGAUGAAGAUGACAUGGAGGAGGCGGUGUACGUCCUCAAGAGGGAGGACAAGGAGCAAAUGGAGUUGACUACUUCUCAGGCAAAGACAAAAGCAGUGAGACCCAAAACAAAGAAGGGGAAGAAGUCAAAGGAAACGGCGGCGCCUAUUGAAGUAAAGCUCAAAUCUGGUUCCAUGAGAGAUAAGAUAUUUUCAAAUCCUGCAAACAGCAUAUUUAACAAGUGCACAAUCAUAAGCAAUGUUGCCUUUCCAGGACUGUUUACAAACCAGCCCUUUACAACUCCACCAAGCCUCCAAGAGGCUAAAAGUGAGUUUGAGGAAACUUACAAGGCCAAGAAGUCGCACAAGAAAGUGGAUAAGAAGAUGCCCAAGAAGAUGGCCGAGCUGACGUCUGCUGCAGUCGCCAAGUCGCAAGAGGAGAGGAGCCAAAUCACAGCUUUACAAUUGCAUUUUGAAGAAGUUCUCGGACGUCUUGGUCCCGUACCAAUAACCGAUACUCUACUCAGCAACGAGCUGAAAAGCAUGCCGUCUGAACAUCAAGCUGUCGUCGAACGCGCCGGCGGUCUCGACAAGUUCCUCUUGAACUCAUCCAACUUCAAGAUGGUAGAGGAUCACGUCUGUCUACUCCAAGACGUCGCCAAGUGCAAAGGAAUCGUGGAGUGCGCCAAAGCUCCCAAGGUGAAGUCAUCGUCCCUCCCAGCCACAACUGAGGCUGGGGGAGGGCAUUCGUACUGGACUAAUUCUCGUGCUAACCUAGCCCCGGAACAUUUCCCGGACAUCAAUGAAUCUCUGGCUAGCAGUGCAGCGGAGGGUGGACAGAGGAAAUCUGACAAAGCGGCAACGCCUUCUAAAAUGGACACUCUUGAGGACAUCUUCCUUGAUUCGGAAGAAACCCGUGCAGCCAGAAUGAUGUCUGUGCUAGACGGCAUUGGCAAAGUGGAACCAAAGUCACAUAUUGAAACUUCAGAAGUUGAGGAACAAUCAGGAGACUAUGCUGAAACUCAUGAAAAGGAUAAUGCGUCUGUGUAUAAAAUCAAGCCACUUAUGACAGAUGAACAAAGCCGUCGUACAGCGGAUGGACUUGAGUUUAAGCCUGAUGUUGACAAAGCCAGUGAUUUAAGCUCUCUAAACGAUGCCCCUCCCAGUAUAUUGAAUGAAAUAUUUUUCCCGCAUAAAGUAAACGCGGCCAACGGACAACCGAAUAGAAUUAAUCAAAGUGUUUCAUUACCGUCUGGAGGUCAAUCUGGGGUUAUUAAUGGGUCAAAGGUCGAUGGGGAUAGCAAUAUGGCGUCUAAUUCCGCUGAUAAGUUUGCAAUUGGUGCCAGUGUUUCCUUGGGACCUGAUUCUUGUAUGCCAAGUAAAAUUUUAAAAGACACCUCUAUAAAUUUGCCGACAAACUCAGAAAUAACUAAAAAUGAAGAAAUCAGCAAAUCCAGGACAGUGUCUAUGGAUUCUGAACAGGGGUCUGGCGCUAAAGAAGACGUCGUAGACUGCGGCGAGAGCGGGUUUUAUUCUACCAGAAGUAGCGAGAGCUCCAGCCUGUCCUCUGAUAGUAGCAGCUUCUCAUCUGGCAGGAACACCGCUUCAAAUCUCUCCUCUGAUUCCCAAUCAUUGAACCAAGACUCUGUGAAGGAUGGCAGAGGUAACUCAAUUAUCAAUACAAAAUCAAAUGUAGGUUCGGACGAGAGAACUGAUGUGGAUUCUCCGGCAAAGCAAGAAGACCAAUUAAAGUCAACUAAGGAGAAAACUAACGAAAGUCUGGUAAGCGCCGAGAAUGCGUCCCCGAGUCAAGAGAAUCUUGAAACCUCGAAAUGCAACCCAACCGAAUCUCCUCUACCUACCACAGACACUCCCGCCGCUUCGACAGUCAGCGUCACCAAGUAUAAUGAACUCUUGCAGAAAUACAAAAUGAUCUACGAGGCGUGUAAGGUGUACACGGAACGUAAGAAGUCGUUGAAGUGUACGUGGACCCAGUGUCCAAAGCAAACCAUGCAAGCUAGAGGCGCUAACACGGAGCCAACGAUGAUGCAACUUAUCGCUGAAAGUCCACAAGUCAGUCAAUUACAAAUGGAUGUGCGAGAAAUGCAUGUAAAAUUAUCGGAGUCUGAGAAGCUUUAUCGUAUCCAAGAGAAAAAGCUAAAGAGUGAAGUGGAAACAUUCAAAACACAGGAAAAGGAAACGAGAAAUUGGGUGACUGGUUUUGAACACAGAAUCAAUUCACUUGAGAGAGACAAGAAAGUCUUGGAGCAAGAGAAAGGUGAUCUAAGGAAAGAGGUUUUCCAGCGGGAUGCAGAGGUUAGACACCUAGAGCAUCAGAUAGCCAAGCUGAAUGCAGAGCUAAAGUUGAAAGAUGAGCAGUCUGAAGUGACAGCUAAGAAUAUGCAGACUGAAAAGGAUCUGUGGUUAGCUGAGAAGAUGAAAAUUGAGGAGUCCUCAGCCAGCUUGAUAAGGUCGGAACAGCGGAUACAGAAGCAAUGUCAGGAAGCAGAGAUUAUGGUACUCCAUCUGCAAUGUGGUCGGGAUCUUACUCCGGUGACGAAUGCAAUUCAAAACUGUGAAAACGAACUCAAUAGGUUGAACCACUAUGUACAAAGUGGUAGGGGUCUGACUGAUUACCAGAGGGAGUAUAUGAACACAUGCCCGAAGAGUCUGGAGGACAAUAUUGCCAAUGGGGCCACACUUAAGAGUAAGUAUGAGGAAUACGUACUGAAGAUUAAGUCUGGACAUUCGCUUAGUCAGCUACCACCCAUCGAGCCUCCGAAACCUGUCCGGCCAAAAAUCCUAGCAAUGCCCCCACAUAUAAUGGCGCAGAGGGGACGACCUGGAAUUGAUAUGUCAUACGGGAUGCGUACGCAUGGUCCAAUAAACUUACGAAUGCCGACACCCAACUAUAACCCCUAUCAAAUGGGCCUGUCUAAUCAGCAAAUGGCCCCGCCCAAUCAAAUGGCCUCGCCCAAUCAAAUGACCCAAUCGGAUCAAAUGGCCUCACAAAUGGCCCAGCAAAAUCAAAUGGCUCAGCAAAAUCAAGUGGCUCCAAAUCAAUUGCACCAACCUGGUCAAAUGGCCCCGGCCGGCCAAAUGGCCCCGGCCGGCCAUAUGGGCCCGCUUGGUGGCAGUCACAAGAUGGCAGUCACAAGUGCUAAUGUUGGAUCAGCAAAUCGACAGGUAGACACCCAUUCACCUUCACCUGUGCCUGGAGAUCCAAAUAUGGUGGCAGCAGCGGGAUCAACUAACCGGUAUCAGAGGGAGCAACAAGAGAUCCAGACCAUGCCUCAGCAGCGAGAACCCUCACCACCUUCAGUACCCGUCUCAAUGGGGCUCUCUACCCAAUCGUCUGGAUUCAAAGAAAGGCAAGCUCCUAAAGACGCAGCCUAUCCAGGAAGGCAGCCACAUAGCCACCCCCACAUACAUGCUGCCAAGAUACCAGUGUCUCUUGCUGGAGCACAUCCCCCUUGGAUUGCCCCAGCUACAUCGGCAGAUAGGAUGUCGGGACAAAGUCCAGGACUGCAAAGCAGUCAGUUCAGUUAUCAGCAGAGUUUGCGACAGGCUCAACAACAAGAGCAGCCCCAGACACAGUCAACUUCACCAGCUACAUCGGCAGAUAGGAUGUCGGGACAAAGUUCAGGACUGCAAAGCAGUCAGUUCAGUUAUCAGCAGAGUUUGCGACAGGCUCAACAACAAGAGCAGCCCCAGACACAGUCAACUUCACCAGUAACUGUUUCCUCCUUCAGUGGACCUCAGAUGAGUGUUUUACCACCCAGUCAGGCAGCCAAGGCUCCUCAAAAACCAGCCCCAGUGAAUGGAGCUGCAGCCCAGCCGAAAAGCAACUUUGACAAAAUCAUCUUUCCACUUCAGAACAUGUUUCCCGAGUUCAACAAAGUGCAACUGACGAAGGUGAUCAAAGACGUGAGAGCCGCAAACAAUAACUCCCUCUCUGGCCUGUCAAUUGAGGAGAUCAUCCAUCGUGCUGCGGAGCUCAUUUUGAACCAGCAGAAACCGUCCUCUGAAUUACAGAGGAUGAACUCUCACCAGCUGGCCGCCAUCACCCAGCGGCCACCGAACGGCUUUGGGAACCAAAAGUGGGAACCGGCUAAGCCGCCUCCUAAGUCUGCUUGGGCCUCCAAGAAGGCAGAGAAGAUAGACUUUGAGGAGGAGGAAGACCCGUGUGUCAUCUGCCAUGAAGAGAUGAACAAGAACAUAGUCACUCUGCGCUGUGGACAUAAGUUCCAUCCUUAUUGUAUUAGACUGUGGCUGCAGGAACAACGUACUUGUCCAACUUGUCGAAACUACACAUUGCUCCCAGAGGACUAUCCUGCACCCAUUAAAAAAUGAGAAAUGACCCAGAUGAGUAUCCAACACCCAUUUAAGGAAUGACAAUGGACAAGUUGCUCUUGUAUGAGUAUCCAACACUAAAAAAUAGAAAAUUACAUGUUAUUCCCGAUUGAGUAUCUAACACCCAAUUAAGAAUGGCUAAUCGACAUGUUUAUCUCGGAUGAGUAUCCUGACACCCAUUUAAGGAUGGCUAAUCGACAUGUUUAUCUAGGAUGAGUAUCCUGACACCCAUUUAAGGAUGUGAUUGACAAGUUGCUAAGUAUCCACCACUCAUCAAUGGAAAACUACUUGUUUUUCCCAAAUGGGUAUCUAACACCCAAUUAAGAAUGACAAGCUAUUCAAUACUCAUGAUGAGUACCAUACACCUAAUGGACCCUUCCCAUAAAAUAUGCUAAUUACAUUCACGCAUGCGUACAGACCCUAUUGGUUGGCAAACGCGAUAGAGUUGUGCACUAAGCAGACGCGCAAACGCUCUGAGUCAUGCAGCCAUUAGUCGUGUACAAAACAGCACGAUGUUUCCUUAUUUUUGCCAACCAAAAUGUGCAAUUUACAUAUUUCAUGGGAAGGGUCUAUUGUUUUAAUUCGUUCAGUUUACUUUAAUAAUAUUUUACUAGUUUGAAUCAACAUAAAACGGUGUGACUUUUAAAGUUUAUUAUUGAGUUACUUACUGUGUGCAGGCCUUGGACUUUGCUUUUGAAGGGGCGUAGCAAUUGUUCUUUGGUAAUGGUUUUUCUAUGAGGAAAAUGUAAGUAUUUUGUCUUGGAAAUUGCAAAGGCAACCACGGCAAAUGAUGCGGGUGCCAGAGCCUUGAGAGUGUUCAUAAUGUAGUAGAUUUACUUUUGGAAUGUUAGUGUUUUAAGUGUUUUAUGAGUUGUAAGGAAACGUUCAUUUCCACGUUUAUGCUAUCACAAGAACAAUUAUCUUGUUUACAAAUACAAAUGUAUAUACACAGUUGAUUCCUUGAGC